AUGAGAUCUGUUGUGCAGACUUCAUUGGCUCUGUGCUCAAUCGUUUACAUUACAACAAGCUUCUUCGACUCAAACCUUGGCAUUCCAUAUAGUUUGCUAAAUGAUACAGUUCGCAUCUGCUACGUUGUUCACCUCAUGUUUGUUUUCCCUAUUAUAUUCCAUCCGUUGCGCCUAAAUUUGGAUGGCCUACUCUUCCCAUCUUCCGUGCCUUUGGUUAUAAACAAUUGUCGAUUUGCAUUGAUCACUAUGGGACUACUUUCUGUUGUUUUCUUAGGUGCAAAUUUUAUUCCCAACAUUUGGGAUGCUUUUCAGUUCACUGGUGCAAAUGCUGCUGUUUGUAUUGGAUUCAUUUUUCCUGCUGCCAUUGCUCUAAGGUACAAAGAAAGACAAGUUCUUGGCUGUUUCAUGAUUGGUCUAGCAGUAUUUGCAAAUUUGGUGGCUAUAUACAGUGAUGCCUACACAACAUUCAAGAGAAAUGCAUCUCCAAUGGAGUGA